UUCUCAGUUUCAGCAGUAGUUCAAUAACUGAUGGAACUGACAUGGCUCUGACAGCUGUCGAAGAGGAAGAUGGUGCAGCCAACACCAAUGAUGGUGAAGACAACCAAACAACCAUUCAUCAAAAUGAAAGGUCUUGUGACAAGCUUUCUUUGUUCUUGCAUGACUACUGUGGGCCCAUACCAGAGAACACUAUUUCAUCACAAAGAAAUGCAUCCUGUCAGACUGCAUUCGUACAGAAGUUUUCCACUUCUACUCAGACAGAUGAAGGUUUCUUUCAAGCCAUCUCUAGUCAGGGCAAGCCAUCAGCACCACAACAGACCAGUGCCUGUACACAAACAGAUUUCACUCAGACUUGUGAGCAAAGUAGACAGGUGUUGCUACCAUCACUGACAUUUGCAGAUAUAAAGACAGAUCCUGAGCUAGUUAACUUUUACACAGGAUUAGGAGAUGGAAAUACAUUUUCAUGUAUUUUUGACGAAUUGUCUGAAGCUUAUGAAAGAGAUUAUCCAUCAUCAAAGUUUGGAAGACCAAACUCAUUGUCACUAAUAGAUCAGUUUUUUAUGUUAUUGAUGAGACUUCGACUUGGGCUUUUAGUUGUAGAUAUAGCUAACCGUUUCCAUGUUUCCAGAACAACCUGUGCUCGGACAAUUAACAGAUGGAUCGAUCUCAUGUACAAAAAUCUGUCAUUUCUGAUUUCCUGGCCAAAACGAGACAUAAUUGAUGCUACUAUGCCAAAAGGAUUCAAGGAUAUAUACCCACAAACACGGGUUGUAAUAGAUUGCACAGAAAUAUUCAUUGAGAAGCCUUAUUCAGUAGCAAGACAAUCACAGAUGUAUAGUCACUAUAAAAGCCAUAUUACAUUAAAAGGUUUAAUUGGCAUUACUCCUAAUGGUGUGGUCAGUUUUGUGUCAGAUUUAUGGUCUGGAGCUAUAAGUGACAGACAGAUUACUAUAGAAUCAGGUAUAUUAAACUUGUGUGAGUUUGGAGAUGCAGUAAUGGCUGAUAAAGGAUUUCUAAUAUCUGACUUAAUUACCCCUAAAGGAUUACACUUAAUCAUCCCUCCAUUAAAACGAUGGCACAAGAAGGUCAACCAGUCGGCCGGCAAAAGGAACCUUCAGUUCUUCCUUUUGGUGAACCUCCUUCACAAAGAAGCCCUGUAUGUACCCCAGGUACCACAGUUGCUGGCCUGGGGUCAACUGUCACGCCACCAAUCGCGGAAGACCAGGCCAUUUAACCAGCAGAUACAAGACAUCUGGACAGAAUAUUCACAGGGCAUCAAGACUCCAUCCAAGACCCUUAUUCUAAUAACAUCUCUCAUAACUAAGAAGUAG